GAUCCGUUCCCUUCUCCCCUCCCUUAUAUAUCGUUUCCGCUUCUUUUCUCUUUCUCUCUCUCUCUCUCUCUCUCCCCUUCCUCCUCCUCUCUCUAAAAUUCUCCAACCAAAUGUUUUCUCUCUCCUAGGGUUUCCACUGUCUCGCUCUUCGUUCUCAUCUCAACCGCCAUCCACAGGCCGAAACCGGCGAUGGAUGUCCGCGCUGAUUUCUUGGAAUGCCUGGGGCCGGACACGUCGACGACCGUGCUGAUGCUUCUGGACGAUCCGGCCGAUCUCGUGCGCGUCAGUGCCGUCUCUCGAUCUUGGCGACGGUUCGUUAUUGCAAAUAGUUUCAGCAAGAAACUAUGCUUACGAACAUGCGCGGAAGUAUCAUAUUUUGCCCGUGUCAUGGAAGGAAGCAGUACAGAAGAGACCGUAGAAGUUGGUUCUAGCAGUGCUGGGGAAUGGGAGAGCCUGGAGAGAGAACACAGGGCAUAUUCCUAUUUAAGUCAUUGUUUUGUCUUGACUAUAGGAACUGGUGAAUGCAUUGCUGAGGCGAUUCGUGCUUCCAGCACUGACAACUUUCCGGAUGAGAGUAUAGAGAAUACGCUGAUAGAGGCUGAUCGAGUUCAUAUGCGACCAUCUUAUUGGUCAAGUCAAGGAGAAAGUGAUCCUGGAGUGCCAGAGACUUUAACCUAUAGACUAGGCUCCAAGUUAUGCAUCAUUAAUGAAAUAAAUAUACGACCUUUUGAAGCAUACUUUCAGUAUGGCAGUCCGAUAUAUUCAUCAAAAGCUGUUAGAUUUCGUAUGGGUCAUUCCUUAUCAUCCCAGAAAAAGGGGGAGGAUUCUGUUGAGUGCACUGAUGAGAAGUUCAUGUGGACUUAUGUCUCGCCAGAAUUUCCGAUGGCACAGCAAAAUGAGUUGCAAACCUUCAAGCUUCCACGUCCGGUCAUUUGCAUUGGUGGAAUAGUACAGGUUGAGCUGGUGGGUCGCAUUCAAGUACAAGAAAUGGAUAACUUGUAUUAUGUAUGUGUAUGUCAUGUCCAAGUGGUUGGUCGCCCGCUUUCCCCAGUGUUUGAUGUUGAUAUCGACAUGGCUUCAGGGAGUUCAGUAUUAAAAUAUUUCCCAAAAAAGCGAGAUGCUUGCAUAUCUCUUGAGGUUAACGAGUCUUCUAGCUGGCAUCGUUUUGGCUUAAGAGAGAAGUUAAAUCAUUUGAGAAGUUUAAGGGGAUGGAACCAUUCAAUUUUCAACUCUUUGCUCGGGGUUGUAGAUAGUGACUCUGAAGAGGAUGAUGAUGAAUAAUCAGGCUGAUUGCUGGAGAUUUUUUUAUCUCCCUUUGCUUUUUUUUUUCCCUUCACUUCUUGCAUUUUUUUCUUUUAUUUAUUUGGUUGUCUUCUUUUUCUUAGAGAUGAGUAUAUUUUCUACUGAGAUAUGUAUAAUGGGAAUACCCUUGUAGAAUAUGAUUGUUCACGAGGGGGCAUAAUGCACGGAACCUGCGUUUGGUGGUAUAUGUUCCUAUUAUUUCCAUUUGAGUUAUUGUAUUCAGGUAAUAAUGUAGUGAAGACCGCCUUAUUGGUCAAUGGAGAAAUUGAUUCUCAGAUA